AUGGGACAUCUUAUUGCAUCUGCAUAUGACAUCGUGUAUAUUGACUUGAUGCGUUAUGGUUUUUUGGAAACCUUUUUCCCGCUCCGCACGACACCUCCUACAAAUCCAAUUGAUCGUAUUAUAUGUGUUGGAUGGCUCUCCAAAUCGCGUCAUUUUGUACAAGUUUACUUGAAACCGGGAUGCCUCAUACCACAUACUUCACCGGAAUGGGCACUUUAUCACACCGACGUUACUGAUACGUGGCCUGACCGUUUGGUGGAUAGGAUGCACGAUUUUGAAAAGAUGAACAACACCGAGAAGGAAUCAAAUGCCGAAAAGUCAAGAUUAGAACCUCCAAUAGAUUUAGUCGGUGAUAGCUCUUUUAAUGUAUUUAUCUACUGCACUGCUUCUGCUGCAAAAACAAACAGGGAAACUUCCGUAGAUGCAUCUACGGAAGGUGUUAAUUUGAAAAAUUAUGGGUGUUUACCGUAG